GCCCGCGCCGCCCCCCGCGCGCCGCCUCCGCUGAGCCCGCGCCCGCCCGGGCGCCGCCCGGCACCAUGGUGCAGAAGUCGCGCAACGGCGGCGUGUACCCCGGCCCGAGCGGGGAGAAGAAGCUCAAGGUGGGCUUCGUGGGGCUGGACCCCGGCGCGCCCGACUCCACCCGGGACGGCGCUCUGCUCAUCGCCGGCUCCGAGGCCCCCAAACGCGGCAGCAUCUUGAGCAAGCCGCGCGCGGGGGGCGCGGGCGCCGGGAAGCCCCCCAAGCGCAACGCCUUCUACCGCAAGCUGCAGAAUUUCCUUUACAACGUGCUGGAGCGGCCGCGCGGCUGGGCGUUCAUCUACCACGCCUACGUGUUCCUGCUGGUCUUCUCCUGCCUCGUGCUGUCCGUGUUCUCCACCAUCAAAGAGUACGAGAAGAGCUCGGAGGGCGCGCUCUACAUCCUGGAAAUCGUGACCAUCGUGGUGUUUGGCGUCGAGUACUUCGUUAGGAUUUGGGCCGCGGGCUGCUGCUGCCGGUACCGCGGCUGGAGGGGGCGGCUCAAGUUUGCCCGGAAGCCCUUCUGUGUGAUCGACAUCAUGGUGCUCAUCGCCUCCAUCGCCGUGCUGGCUGCCGGCUCCCAGGGCAACGUCUUCGCCACGUCGGCGCUCCGCAGCCUGCGCUUCCUGCAGAUCCUGAGAAUGAUCCGCAUGGACCGGCGCGGCGGCACCUGGAAGCUCCUGGGCUCCGUGGUCUACGCCCACAGCAAGGAGCUGGUCACCGCCUGGUACAUCGGCUUCCUCUGCCUCAUCCUGGCCUCGUUCCUGGUGUACUUGGCGGAGAAGGGCGAGAAUGACCACUUUGACACCUACGCCGAUGCUCUCUGGUGGGGCCUGAUCACCCUGACCACCAUUGGCUACGGGGACAAGUACCCUCAGACCUGGAACGGGAGGCUCCUGGCGGCCACGUUCACCCUCAUUGGUGUCUCCUUCUUUGCUCUUCCUGCGGGCAUCUUGGGCUCCGGCUUUGCCCUGAAGGUCCAAGAGCAACAUCGGCAGAAGCACUUUGAGAAGAGGCGGAACCCAGCCGCGGGCCUGAUCCAGUCCGCCUGGAGGUUCUACGCCACCAACCUCUCGCGCACGGACCUGCACUCGACGUGGCAGUACUACGAGCGCACGGUCACCGUGCCCAUGUACAGCUCGCAAACUCAAACCUACGGGGCCUCCAGACUGAUCCCUCCACUCAACCAGCUGGAGCUUCUGCGGAACCUCAAGAGUAAAUCUGGACUCACCUUCAGGAAGGAGCCACAGCCGGAGCCGUCUCCAAGUAAAGGCAGACCGUGCAGAGAGUCCCUGUGUGGAUGCUGUCCUGGACACUCUAGUCAGAAGGUCAGUUUGAAAGAUCGUGUCUUCUCCAGCCCCCGAGGAGUGGCUGCCAAGGGGAAGGGGUCCCCGCAGGCCCAGACUGUCCGCCGGUCACCCAGCGCUGACCAGAGCCUGGAGGACAGUCCGAGCAAGGUGCCCAAGAGCUGGAGCUUUGGGGACCGCAGCCGGGCGCGGCAGGCCUUCCGGAUCAAGGGCGCCGCCUCACGGCAGAACUCAGAAGAAGCAAGUCUCCCUGGGGAGGACAUUGUGGAUGACAACAAGAGCUGUAACUGCGAGUUUGUGACCGAGGACCUGACCCCGGGCCUCAAAGUCAGCAUCCGGGCUGUGUGUGUGAUGCGGUUCCUGGUGUCGAAGCGGAAGUUCAAGGAGAGCCUGCGGCCCUACGACGUGAUGGACGUGAUCGAGCAGUACUCGGCCGGCCACCUGGACAUGCUGUCGCGCAUCAAAAACCUGCAGUCCAGGAUAGAUAUGAUUGUGGGCCCCCCACCCCCUUCAACUCCCCGGCACAAGAAGUACCCCACCAAAGGACCCACGGCCCCUCCGAGAGAGUCACCCCAGUACUCACCUAGAGUGGACCAGAUUGUGGGCCGGGGCCCAGCGAUAACAGACAAGGACCGCACCAAGGGCCCGGCCGAGGCGGAGCUGCCGGAGGACCCGAGCAUGAUGGGACGGCUGGGGAAGGUGGAGAAGCAGGUCUUGUCCAUGGAGAAGAAGCUGGAUUUCCUGGUGAACAUAUACAUGCAGCGCAUGGGCAUCCCCCCAGCGGAGACUGAGGCCUACUUCGGGGCCAAGGAGCCAGAGCCAGCCCCACCGUACCACAGCCCUGAGGACAGCCGGGAGCACGGCGACAGGAACGGCUGCAUCCUGAAGCUCACUCGCUCCAGCAGCUCCACGGGCCAGAAGAACUUCUCGGCGCCCCCGGCUGCGCUCCCCGCCCAGUGCCCGCCCUCCACCUCCUGGCAGCAGUGCCACCCGCGCCAGGGCCACGGGGCCUCACCCGUGGGGGACCAUGGCUCCCUGGUGCGCAUCCCACCACCACCCGCCCAUGAGCGGUCUCUGUCCGCCUACAGCGGGGGCAACCGGGCCAGCACAGAGUUCCUGAGGCACGAGGACGCGCCGGCCUGCAGGUCCCACGAGGGCGCCCUGCGGGACAGCGACACGUCCAUCUCCAUCCCGUCUGUGGACCACGAGGAGCUGGAGCGCUCCUUCAGCGGCUUCAGCAUCUCCCAGUCCAAGGAGAACCUGGAUGCACUCAAUAGCUGCUACGCGGCCGUGGCGCCCUGCGCCAAAGUCAGACCUUACAUCGCGGAGGGCGAGUCGGACACAGACUCGGACCUCUGCACCCCGUGCGGGCCACCGCCACGCUCUGCCACGGGCGAGGGCCCCUUUGGCGAUGUGGGCUGGGCCGGGCCCCGGAAAUGAGGCCGCCCCCGGCCUCUCCCUGACUCUUGGCCUUCUGGGUUCGGAGCGGGACCCUGCAGGGCCUUUCUUAGAGUAAUGCGGGUGGCGAUGCAGAGCUGCAGCCGGUGGGGACAAGAGCUCUUUUCCAACAAGGGGCAGCUGAGCCAGCCCUACCCACUCUGCAGGCCGUCGGCCCAGCUGUGAGCCCGGGCUGGCGUGAUGGCCAAGCACAGGCCCCUGGCUGCUGGGUGGAGGCGUGGGGUCAGGGAGCAGGGCCCAGGUGAGGGUGGCAGCAAGUGGCAGGGCUGUCUCAUGAGGGAUGGGUGGCCUUGAGGCCUGGUGGGGAGGGACCCAGGGCAGGUGGCUGCAGGAGGUGUGGCCGGCCCCUUGGGCGUGGCUUGCCUUUGUUCCUCCGUUCCUGCCCCCACCGCAUCUGUCCUUUCUUCCCUCCUUCCGUCCGUCCGUCUGUGUGCACAGCUGAGGCAGUGCCUCCUUGCCUCAUGGGUGCCUGUCCAGAGAGCUGCCGGUCCGCGUCGUCUCCCUCCUCCCCCUGGGUUCCGAGUGUGCUGUGAUAGGAGUGGGACCCAAGUCCAGGACCCUGGCCUGGAGGCAGGGGCACCAGACCUGGAGACCACACCGCAGGACCAGGGACCCUUGACUCCCGGCCACUGCUCCGUAGAUUUCUGGAAGGGGGCCCUUGGGGCGUCCCGGCCACAGGAGAUCUGGGGGGGUCACCCCCGUGUCCUUUCUGCUCUGCCCUGGCUGGGUGCCCGUCACCAGGCCUCAGCCCCACUGUGAGAGAAACCCGUGUGCAGGGAGGGCUGCUGUGCAGCUGGGGGUGCCGCCCUGAGCCAGGCUCACGUUCCAGGGUCCUGGGGCCAGGUGGGCUUUGGGGAGCAGAUUCACACCCCGUCCUUCCCUGGGGGGCCUUGCUUCACCUGUCCCCCGUCGGGGCGCUGACAGGACCCAGGGCUGGGCGGGGCCGUAACCGCUGAGGAAAGCCCCCGCAGCCGGCAAGGUCGGCAAGGCCCCUGCCAUCUGGAGACAGAGGCCAUCUGUCUUGGGGGGGCCUCUUUCCUGUCCCCACGGGAACUGACCACCCCCACCCUCUCCUCCACUGACCAGUCCCUUGGCUGUGACUCUGGGUGUCUUGGAGUCAGGGACACCCAUUCUCGCCCUGGGCCCUGGGGAGCAGGUCCCCCCCCCUCCUGUCGGCACCUUGGCCAGAGGAACCGCAGCUUCGAGCCGGGAGCCCAGCCCAAGAGGCAGAGGUGGGAUCCGUCUGGGCCCUCGGCAGUCAGUGUGUGGGGCGUCUGGUAUUGGGGGUGACAGAACUGCAGGCCUGGGUGCCUGGGCGCAUGACCCCGCAUGCGCCAGGGCUGGGCCCAGCUAAGCCCGCCGCGUGGCUGCCUCCCCCAGAGCACCAGGUCCAGGGAGGGCUUCUGCCCCUCCUUGCAGGGCUCGUUCAAGUCCGUCCUGAGGCGGAUAGCGUAGUCAGCAGGAGAGUCCGUCUUACCCUCUGGGAAGGACUGUGGAAGCCGUGUCUGAGGGUCGCCUGCCCUGGUGCACGGAGGUCUCUGGAGCUACGCCUGCCGUCCACGGCAGGGGCCAAUGCUGCAGCCCCUGCGCCUGCCAGGACACUUGGGUCCCACCUUUGGGCACCUCCAUGCUGGGGCUGCUGACCGGGCAGCUGGAGGGUGGGCUGGGUCCUGUGCCUGCCCGAGGUCAGUGCCCGGGGCGGGAGAGUGCCAUCCAUUCUCAGAGCUGCAGCAAGGGCACCCUUUCCUUCCAGCCUUGCAGGAGGGGUCAGGCAUGGAAGGAGGCACCCAGAAGCCCUCGACUCGCCCCCCACCCCGAUAUGUCUGCUCUGCACACUCUCUUGUUCUCAAAGGCAGAGUUUCUAAGGCCCUGGGCCCCAUGGUAGUGAGAAAACUCCCUUCCAGUGUAGACACUGUGGCACUUGGCGUGGCUGGUGUGAAGUGGCCCAGGCAAAUGGCCACUGCUGUUGCCACCUCCCUCUGGGUGAGGUCGGGGCUGGCGUCGGAGCCGCCUUCACCUUCCCGCCAUAGGAGACGGAGACUCCAGCCACCAGCCCCCCUGACCAGCAGGGCCCCCCGAGCCAAACGUGUCCACGCCUGAUGCCAGCCUCAACCAGCUGCUCGCACAGCCCUGGGAGAGUUAGAUCCCACUGCCAGCAACAGGGACCUGUCUCUGCUAGAUCUUGGCUGUCGUGGGCCCCAGGCCUUGGGAGGGGCCCUUUGCCCCUGAGGAGAGGUUUGUGUCCUUUGCCACGCGGCCCCUGUGCUGUGUGCCUGGCGGCAGGAGGAGCUGGCCUCAGACGUGCCUCCCAUCCCCGGAGCUGCUGAGCCAGACGCAGGUGCUGAGAGCCACAGCCCGGGGGUCUCUCUGGGUUGCAGUGGGAGGAACUGAGGCCAGACCAUCGACAUGCCCCCAUGAGCAGGGGGAACGUGUGGUCUCCUCCAGCAUCUCUGGUCCCCAGAAGAGAGAAGGCACACAUCUGUUUGGGGGUGCAGUUUGGGGAAAUUACAGGGAGGGGCUCCCUCUCAGGACCUCCAGACCCAGGCCUGAGCAGCUCCUUACCCCUUGGUGCCCAUCGGCUGCCUGGGCUCCCCACCUUCAGAGAAGUGUCACAGGGAAGGGGCUGGACGCUUCCAUGGGAAGUCUCUGCACUCUCUUGGGUGUGCAUGUGUGACACAAGCGUGGCUGAGGGCAGCCCCUGCCCCGUGGCAAGUGCAGCGGACAUUUCCCCAGACAAGUGCAUCUGUUAGCUAGAGCGUGUGGUCCCUGCAUGCCCACUUGUACACACCUGUUCUCACACAUGCCUGUGUACACGUAGCACAUGCACACUCACACAUGCACACCCGCAGGCACACACACCACACAUAUGCUUGCACACACAGGCACCCACAUGCAUACUCAUGCACGUGCCGAUGCCCACUCACACACGUGCACAGGCACAUACAUCACACAGUACUUGCACACACAGGUGCCCACAUGCAUACUUACGUGCACACCCACAGGCACAUGCUCCACACAUACACUUGUACACAGGUGCACAAUGCAUGCUCACACAUGUGCCCACAUGCACACAUACAUUUCUACACACAUGUGCCCACGUGCACACACACACUGUGUUUCUAACCUCUCUCUGGCUCUGCCCGCUUUUAGCCACGAGGAGUUGAUGAUUUCAGGAGUCACAGGUGGUCCUGGAAUGUGGGACCCAGGGAAUGUAGGACAUCCAGGGUUCCUGGGCAGCACUCGCAGAGGGUCCGCUGGAGCCCACCCAGGGUCUCACACCGCCCCCUCCCUGCAGCUGGCUGGGCAGCCAUCCAGAGCAUGUGGUCAGCCUGAUGCCAAGAGAUGGCCUGGGCUAGGCCGGGAGGUUCUGGUGUCUGAGGGGUGUCCAGAUGCGAUGCUGGGGUGCUGGUGGCUCCCUCUGCCCUCGGCCAUGUGGCCUGGCGGCACAUCACCGUCUCCCUUCACUGGUGUGUUGUGAUCCAACGUCUCCCUCUCGUGUCCACGUAAAAUCGCGAGCCACGGCCUCAAACUGGGCGGCCCUGGAGGGCGGAGGGACCUGACCAGGUGGCGGACACCUCCCCAGGGUCUGCCAGCAGGAGGCCACGGCUGCCCCCUCAGUGACACCGCCUCCUUUUGUGAGGACUCUCCUCAAACUCCCUUUGGAGGCUUGGGAGUCUCCCCAGGCUCUGGGAGCCUGCACGGCGAGGGCUGCUGCUGGGGGCCCACCUGGUGAGAACGGGAGCCUGGCACUGUCCUCCACUGUCCCCCGCCCCCCAGCCCAGAGCAGAGCGCCGGCUGCAGCAUUGCGCGUCUUCCAUGUGCUAAUUUAUUUAACUGAUUGUCCCCCUCACCCCGGCCGGAGACCCCCGGUCGUGGAUUCCAGCUGUUAACACGGAGAGAUAGGCAGGAGCAGCCUGUCCUCUGCCGCCCCCACAUUUGGGGGGCUCCCAGAGAAGCAGGUGCUCCUGUCCUGCUGUUGGGGGACAGAACUUGGUCCCGAGACAUUUCUAGAUGCUUCCUGAGGCCCAGGGGUUGGGGGGCUGCUGGGGGCCUUUGUAGAAAUGCUGCCUUUUAUCUAUUUCAUACCCACCCCGAGCUGUAAAUAAUGUACAGAGCUGCGGGCGCGGCCCGGGCCUCGUGCUGCAAGAGCGAGGACAGCACAGUUUCCACACCCUCUGACAUCCCAACCCUGAGACAAACGUGGUGUGAGGAGGGACAGCUGGACAGUGAGGACCCACCAGGGAGGGUUUGGGGCACCUUGCACGCCGGGGCAAGUCUGAGCAGUGGGUGGGGGUCAGUGUCCCAGGUGCCCGCGUGCACACUGGCUCAGAAUCAGACGCUCCCAUCCCUGACCGGCCCCGUCCUGGGUGGUCCUCAGCUGCCCUCCGUGGGGGUGCGCACGGACCUCUGUGCCCCUGGAGCAAAUCUCCAGGCCUCCCACUGUGUGUACUAACGUGGGGUGUGGGCAGGGGUGCUGAGUGGCCCCAGCAGAGGUGGCUGCCUGCUUCCAGUGCCCGGGGAACCUGCUUGGUUGUCCCUGACCAGUUGCCCUCUGGUGUGCCUGCCCCCAGGGUCAGCUCCACUCGGGUACCUGCCAAGCACUAAGUAGGAGAGACAACCAAGGAGGGCUUCCUGAAGGCGGUGGUGUGGUGGGGUCAGGGCUCAUGCCUCUCCUCUCUCCAAGGGUCCCAGGAAAGCUGGCCGCCCGGGCCAGGAUCCUGUGGAGCCCCUGGGGUGUGCGUGAGUGGGGCCAGGUUUGCUGGAUUCUGCCAUCUUGUGAGGGAUGGGGGACGAGGGCUGACCCCAGGAGGAGGUGACAUUGGAGGAAGUGAGGAUUUAGGGAACGAGGUAGAGCGAGUGAGGAGGAGGGGCUCCUCAGGAGGUGAGACCGUCUGCACGACCUUGGGAGGGUGUGUGGGAGGCAGCGGUCCCUCGUCUCGGACACUGCGUGGGUGCCCCCGGCUGGUGGAGGACGCCGGGUCUGGCCGAUGGCCUCGUCCCUGGAGACCUUCCAGAAGGCAGAUCAGGUCCCAGGAGAGGAGGGGACUCGGGGGCGGCCUGGGUCCAGGGCUUCCAGGCAGCUGUGUGGAGUCACCACGCGCCGCACAUCCGCCCCGACUGGGUUUCAUAAAGUCGAUGCCUUAAUGCACGUUGACGGGAAGUCACCAAGGUCACCCUGUGCCCCCUUGGCGCCCGCCAGGCAGACAACUGCCUCCUCCUCGCCCGUGGUCCGAAGGACAGCUUCACGGACGGGCACAGAGGGGGCAGCAGAUCUCACACCAGUCAUCGCCUCUGCGGGGAGUCUGCCCGGGAUCCCCUCGCGCCCUCGGCCCGCGCCCCAUGCUUGCAGCGUGUCGCCCUCUGGCCCGAAGGCGGCUGCAGCUCCCCCUCCGUGCUGUUGCCUUGGCUGUCUUUGCACUUCUGUUCACGCUCCAAAGAACCCUCGUAUGCCUUCAGCACCGACGCACACUCGUAACCCCGCGAGCACCCCUGUGCUGGAGCGAUCACGCCUUUCUUCGUGAAUGUGUUGCCAACGCCCACUAGAGUUGCGGCCCGUGCACGGCCCGAGUUCUAGGGAUGGACGCCCAGGGACGGACUCUGGUUUCCUGCGGACCAGCGAUAUCGUAACUCGCUCAGCCACUGUCAGGUUGAUGCUCGUGCCGCAAGAAUGGGGCCCAGUGCAGGUUUGCCCAGGGACUUCGGGUGUGGAGUCUGGCGGCAGGGACGCACGUGGAAAGUUCUGGAAAGUUCUGCUGCCACAGGGACGAGUUCGGAUGCCAGUGGACCUGUGCACUUAGUAAAACGCAGUGAUUCAAUCUGGA